AUGCCCCUUGUUGGUUUGACGUUUCCUAUCGCGGUUCCAUUAAGCAGGAAUUUAAAGGAAGUGCAGGAUCUAGUGAGUGAUCAUAACGUUAUCAAAGAUCGCUCUUCCGGGUACAAAAGCCGACUGAUUCUCAGAGACUAUGCCAUCGAGGAUUGGUUAGAGUGGAAGAAACUAGCUGAGAAUCCAUCAGGUCCCGGUGCCUUAUCUGGAUGGGUAGAGAUGAUCGCUGCAUUGUCUCCUGUGGGCUUGGUAUCUGAGCUAGGCGCCUAUUGGUUUCUGCUGAGAUACUAG